GUUUUUUUUUUUUUUUUAUCAAUCUUAAAACUGUCGAUGGCGGAUUCCUUGUCGGCGUCGGGGCGGAGCGCGGAGAAGGUGAGCCUUCAAUCUCUCCAAUCCAAAAUGAAAAUUGACCCAGAAGGUUACGAAACGGAGCUCGGCUUGGUUUACAACCAAUUUAAGUCGGCUUUGGAUCUUUUUCAACAGCAAGCAGCUCUCAGUUUCGCCUCCUCCUCCGGUGUCUGCGCUGACCCCACUAUUUACAAGGACCUCAGUGACCGCGCCACUUUUUUGUCUCAUGUUACACCUUUUUACCCGAAGCAGCUUGCUGAGUUCCCAGCUGAACUCGCUGAGUUUCUCAAAUCGUCUGCUCGGACUCUGCCUUCGGGACUUCGGUGUCAUGUUACUCAAGCGCUUAUUCUACUGAUUAAUCGAGAUAUGGUUGAUAUUAGUGAAACUCUAGCAUUAUUCAUGGAGCUUCAAACACUGGGAGAUAGGACAUUGAGGAAUUUGGCUUUUACUCAUGUUGUUCAUAGCAUUAGGAGGAUGAAUAAGAAGCAUAAAAAUGAGGCUAAGAAUCGGGCCCUUCAAAAUAUCCUCUUUUCCUUGCUACAGCAAGAUGAUGAAGCACGAGCGAAGAGAGCACUCAUCACACUAUGUGAGCUUCAUCGAAGGAAGGUGUGGUUCGAUGAUAGAACUGCAAAUUCAAUUUGUAUGGCAUGUUUUCAUUCAUCAUCAAGAAUCAUGAUUGCUGCUCUGUCUUUUCUCCUCGAUUAUGAGAAGAUUGAAGAUAAUGACAAUGAUGAUAGUGAUGCUUCAAGUGGCGAAGACGAUCCAAAUCCUCGAACAGCUCAAGUUGUCAUUAGUAAAGAGUCUAUUUAUAAGGCACACAAUAAAGGUACUGUAGCUAGCAAGAAGAAAAAGAAAGCAAAACUGCAGCGGGCCAUACGUAGCAUGAAAAGGCAGCAAAGAUUGUCAUCAGAAAACAACAAUUCAAAUUAUUAUUCACCAUUCAACCAUCUUAAAGACGCACAGGGGUUUGCUGAGAGGCUAUUUUCUCGCCUUCAGACUUGCAAUGAACGUUUUGAGGUCAAGAUGAUGAUGUUGAAAGUAAUUGCUCGAACUGUGGGGCUCCACCGCUUGAUUUUAUUAAACUUUUAUCCUUUUCUUCAGAAAUAUGUUCAGCCACACCAGCGUGACAUCACAAAUUUACUUGCAGCAGCUGUCCAGGCCUGUCAUGAUCUGGUGCCUCCUGAUGCAGUUGAGCCAUUAUUCAAACAAAUAGUAAAUCAAUUUGUACAUGAUCACUCGCGUCCUGAGGCCAUUGCUGUUGGACUGAAUGUGAUCAGGGAAAUAUGCUUGCGUAUACCUUUGUUGAUGAAUGAAGAUUUACUGCAAGACCUUGUAUUAUACAAGAAAUCUCAUGAGAAGGCAGUUUCAAUAGCUGCUCGUUCACUCAUUACUUUAUUCAGAGAGGUUUGUCCUUCUCUGCUGAUUAAGAAAGAUCGAGGUCGUCCCAUUGACCCAAAAGCUAGGCCGAAGGCCUAUGGAGAAGUCAAUAUUGUCAGCAGUGUUCCUGGUGUUGAGUUGUUAGAAGAACUUGAUGAUGAUGAUGAUGAUGAUGAAGACAAGGAGGACAGCGAUGAUGUUGAUGAUUUGGCAUCCCGUGGCUCUGAUGAUGAUUCUGAAAAUGAGGAGAUGGUUUCUGCCAGUGAUGAAGGAGAUCAGAUUUACAGUGAUGAUGCUGAAAGUGAGGAUGGUGACGUGCAAGAUGGCUCAGUUGAUGAAGAUGGUGAUGAUGCUGUAGACAAUGACAGUGGUGGUGGUGAGGGGGAGGACGAGGAUGAGGAUCAGGAUCAGGAGGAGAAUGAUGAAGACAGUUAUGCGAGGGCUAUCAUAAAUAAAGUUAACAAAUCUACUGCUAGAAAGAGGAAGUUCUCUGAUUUUGAUGGGCAACUUCUAGCAGCUGAUACAAGUUUGCGGGCUUUAAAGAAAAUGACAGAAGAGAAGUUGAAGAAACCACCAUCAGACUCUACAGAUGGUAUUCUUUCUAAUGAAGACUUCCAAAGAAUCAAGGAACUUACGGCCAAGAAGGAUGCCAGGAUUGCUUUAAAUCGGCAAGGAUUUAAGGUUCCAAGUUCUGAUGAUCUGAGUGCUAAGCGGGUGGAUCCUGCUACACUUGAAGUUCAUGUACGGGCGAGGCUAAACAAGGAAGAAAGAUUAGCGCUGGUGAGAGCAGGGAGAGAGGAUAGAGAGAGCUACAAAUCUAGAAUCGCCGUAAAACAGAAAAAGACUGGCGGGCAGAGCAACAGGCAGAAAGAACACAAAAAGCAGAUGCCUCUUGCUGCAAAAAGGGCCAAGGUAGCAAGGUCUCGACAAGAGAAAAAGAGAAAGCAAAGCCUUUCUGGGAAGCAGUUCCGGGGGAAGAAAGCAUGGAAAUGAUCAGAACCGUGUAUUAUCAUGCCAUGAAGCAUUUUUUUUAUACAUAUAAAAUACCAGACUCUCUUGGAGGAUAUAGUUUUGGUUUGUUGGUGACCUCUUAUAUGCCAACUGUCUAAUUACAAAACAAACCAUUGAGUUGAGAA